AUGGCCGAAGCUGCGCGGGUCUUCCACACGACUACAUUCGUCCCUUCAUUCAAUUCACUGCACAAAACCCAGAAACCCAAGCCCUCGUUUGUCUCCCGAAGCACCGUACGCCGGAAGUUCCAGUCUUUACGCUGUUCGUCGUCGCUGGAAAGCGCGACCACAGCGAUGACGACGAAUAAUCAGGAGGUACGAUGGGGAUGCGACAUCGAUUCUCCGGAAAACGCUCUAGCUCUGCAGAAAUGGCUUUCAGAUUGCGGGUUGCCUCCUCAGAAGAUGGGAAUUGAGAAAGUGGAAGUUGGGGAGAGGGGUUUGGUAGCUUUGAAGAACAUUAGGAAAGGGGAGAAGUUGCUCUUCGUGCCUCCUUCUCUCUUCAUCACCGCCGAUUCAGUGAGUGAGAUUAUGAAGAAAUACUCAGUGCCAGAUUGGCCAUUGAUAGCAACUUAUCUGAUUAGCGAGGCAAGCCUUGAGAAAUCAUCUAAAUGGAGCAAUUACAUUGCUGCUUUACCUCGCCAGCCUUAUUCUCUCUUGUACUGGACUCGUGCAGAACUAGAUAGGUAUCUUGAAGCAUCACAGAUCAGAGAGCGGGCGAUUGAGAGGAUUAACAAUGUCAUUGGAACGUAUGAUGAUUUGAGGCUUAGGAUAUUCUCCAAGCAUCCUCAGCUCUUUCCUGAAGAGGUAUUCAACAUUGAGUCCUUCAAAUGGUCAUUUGGCAUACUCUUCUCUCGCUUGGUUCGUUUGCCGUCAAUGGAUGGAAGAGUAGCCCUGGUUCCCUGGGCUGACAUGUUGAAUCAUAGUUGUGAGGUGUUCAUAUCGUAUGGGAAGAAAUCUAAUGGAGAGCUGUUGCUCUCUUAUGGAUUCGUUCCAAGGGAAGGUACUAAUCCCAGUGACUCGGUGGAAUUGCCUUUCUCACUAAAAAAGUCUGACAAAUGCUACAAGGAGAAGCUAGAAGCUUUGAGGAAGCAUGGUUUGUCUGGGUCACAUUGCUUUCCCAUCCGUGUCACUGGCUGGCCACAGGAGUUGAUUGCAUAUGCUUACUUAGCAGUCAGCCCUCCGAGCAUGAUCGGACAGUUUGAAGAGAUUGCAGCUGCUGCAUCAAACAAGACAGCCAUGAAGAAAGAUAAACCAUAUCCCGAAAUUGAAGAACAGGCACUGCAGUUCAUAUUGGAUAGUUGUGAGUCAAGCAUAUCAAAAUACACCAAAUUCUUACAGGCUAGUGGAUCAAUGGAUUUGGAUGUGACAUCUCCAAAGCAAAUUAACAGAAGGUUGUUCUUGAAGCAGCUCGCUGUAGACUUGUGCAACAGUGAACGAAGGAUAUUGUACCGAGCUCAAGCUGUAUUGAGAAGAAGGUUGAGAGACAUGAGGAGUGGGGAACUGAAAGCUCUGAAUCUCUUUGAUGGCCUCAGAAACCUCUUCAAAUGAAGUGGUGUUUGCCCCAUUCCCCUACUUGUGCAGCAAAUUAUAGGACAAAUGAUUUCUUCAGCCAAAAGGGUUUCAGCUUAAAGGAAGAAAUCAGACGCGAAGGGCUGCUAAAUUCUGGCUCCGGCAGCUGUUCCUUAGUUCCCUCUGUUUCAGGAGUUUGUAAUACAACCAACCCUUUCCUGUGUAAAUUUGAAUUUUCCUACAUGUGGGGAAGCAAGAUUGAUCACCAAGUCAAAAUUCAAAACUAAAUAAUAGAAUUUCCUUUCGUGUGCGCGAUGUACUAAAAUGAUCACGACGAAUGGCCUGUUCUCACUUCUCAGUGGCAGAGGGAAUUUUAUUAUGCUCUCUCCUAUGACUUUUUAACCCGCGGUUGACCCAGACCCGGUCGAACUAGUGGGUCAAUUGUUUUAGCUCGGUUUAGCC